CAGGAAACAAAGGAAAUCGAAUGUAUGGGGGAUGGUCAUGUUCCAACAAAGAGUGAUACGUGAAACACUUUCAUUGGCUCUCCUUCCGACUCGUCAAACUCUACACUGGCCAAUCAAGACAUUUUAGGGGUUUGGCCAACGGCAAUACCCAAUCGGACAACGCGCUUCACCUUCCUUCAAAAUUAGCAUAGACUAGCCAAUAAAUACGCCCUUACUGCUACUGCUUACUAUUCAACAUACAGAGUUAUCGUUGGAAGAAUCAUGCCUGAGCCAGCUAAGUCCGCCCCUAAAAAGGGUUCCAAGAAGGCCGUCACAAAGACCGCCGGUAAAGGAGGAAAGAAACGCAAGAGGUCCAGGAAGGAGAGCUACGCCAUCUACGUGUACAAAGUCCUGAAGCAGGUUCAUCCCGACACCGGCAUUUCUUCAAAGGCGAUGGGCAUCAUGAACUCUUUCGUCAACGACAUCUUUGAGCGCAUCGCCGGUGAGUCUUCUCGUCUCGCUCACUACAACAAGCGCUCCACCAUCACCUCGAGAGAGAUCCAGACCGCCGUGCGUCUCCUGCUGCCCGGUGAACUCGCCAAACACGCCGUGUCUGAGGGAACAAAGGCCGUCACCAAAUACACGAGCUCCAAGUAAAGCCUCAAGUACCCAAUCUGAACCCAAAGGCUCUUUUAAGAGCCGCCCACUGUUUUCAUAAAAGAGCAUCCAACGUAUUUGUAAAUUUAGUUGAUAUAAAUGUUUACUAGAACAUAAGUUGUAUGAAAGUGAAACAAUGCUUAACAGUGUUAUCUGUGUCCUUUGUGGACUAUGGUAAGAACAAUGUUAACGCAUCUACUGUUGUUAAAUCAAAAUGUUAAAUUUAUGUUCAAAUAUGCUAAAAUUAUUCUUUAAGCA